AGGAACUGUGCCAAAGCCUGGAGGCUCGUUGGACGUGGAGAAGGAGGUUUCUCAUUUGGGUUUUUCUUGGUUGGCUGGUGGGAAUGGGAAUAGAGGUCAGUAACAGAUCCACGAGAUGGAAAGAGAGUUGCACUCAAAAAGAUGCCCAACGUCUUCCAAAAUUUGGUCUCUUGUAAAAGGGUCUUCCGGGAGUUGAAGAUGUUGUGUUUUUUUAAGCAUGACAAUGUACUCUCUGCCCUCGACAUCCUCCAGCCUCCACACAUUGACUAUUUUGAAGAAAUAUAUGUUGUCACUGAGUUGAUGCAGAGUGACCUCCAUAAGAUUAUCGUCUCUCCUCAGCCACUCAGCUCGGAUCAUGUAAAAGUUUUUCUUUACCAGAUUUUAAGAGGUCUGAAGUACCUACAUUCUGCUGGCAUUUUACAUCGAGACAUUAAACCAGGGAACCUACUCGUGAACAGCAACUGUGUCCUUAAGAUUUGUGAUUUUGGAUUGGCCAGGGUGGAAGAGCUAGACGAAUCGCGGCACAUGACUCAGGAAGUUGUCACUCAGUAUUACCGCGCGCCGGAGAUCCUGAUGGGCAGCAGGCACUACAGCAACGCCAUCGACAUCUGGUCUGUUGGCUGCAUCUUUGCAGAGUUGCUUGGGCGAAGGAUAUUGUUCCAGGCACAGAGUCCCAUUCAGCAGCUGGAUCUGAUCACAGACCUGCUGGGCACGCCGUCGCUGGAGGCGAUGAGGACGGCUUGUGAAGGCGCCAAGGCACAUAUACUCAGGGGUCCUCAUAAACAGCCAUCCCUUCCUGUCCUAUAUACACUCUCCAGUCAAGCUACACAUGAAGCAGUUCAUCUCCUUUGCAGGAUGUUGGUCUUUGAUCCAUCCAAAAGGAUAUCUGCUAAGGAUGCCUUAGCUCACCCAUAUCUGGACGAGGGGCGGUUGCGAUACCACACCUGUAUGUGUAAAUGUUGUUUUUCCACAUCCACUGGAAGAGUUUAUACGAGUGAUUUUGAACCCAUCACUAAUCCCAAAUUCGACGACACUUUCGAGAAGAACCUCAGUUCUGUUCGGCAGGUUAAAGAAAUAAUUCAUCAGUUCAUUCUGGAACAGCAGAAAGGAAACAGAGUGCCUCUCUGCAUCAACCCUCAGUCUGCUGCUUUUAAGAGCUUUAUUAGUUCCACGGUCGCUCAGCCCUCCGAGAUGCCGCCGUCUCCACUGGUGUGGGAGUGACCUGCAGGACGAUGUACUACUGAAGAUGUAAUGUAGCUUUCCACUGGAGUCUGGGAUUUGCAAUUCUGGAGGUUAAUCAUGCUUGUACUGUAAUUUUACUAAUGAAGUUUUAAAUUAACAACCACUACUUGUACAAUAUGAAUAAUAUUUAGAAAUGUACUAGACUUUUAAUCUUGUAAAGUGGUUGUGCUUUUAGAAGAAAAUAUUUUACCCAGAGUUGCACGUGUUUUAUGAAUUCUAGUGCAGCUGUGAUGGCUCAGCUCAGAACAAACAGAAUUGAACCAAAUUCGGGGAGGUUUUUUCUUUUUUUUUUCCCCUUUUUUUUCCUUUUUUUUUUUAAUUGAAGUGAGACUGUACAAACAGAUAGACAUUUUGAUAUUGAGCCAUUCCUGGAGAUUUUGGGUUUUCUAAAACUAAGGAAUACAGAAAACUUGAGUGCGACCAAUCGUGAAGUCCCACGGGGUGCCUGACCACGGGAAGUGGCCACGGCCCUGGUGCCCAAACCCUAUAAAUAGCUUCUCACUAGAGCUGUGAUGGUGAUGUGUGCUGUUCUAAAAUCAGAUGUUGUGAGUAGAGAGAAUGAGUUUGUGACUAGGAGAGACUAAACUUCUGUUUCC